CUAUUCUUUUUUUUUUUCUUGUCUUGUGCUUUUUACAUGAAUUGGUGGCUGUUACUUGGCUUUCUCAAUGUAAUAGUGUGCAGUCAGGGAGUCUUGGGAUCUGCCUUUUACUGUGUAGAUCAUUACCAGAAGCCCUUGCGCCACCGAACCCGGUCCUGCCCUCCUUUAUCCGAAAAACGAUCCGCCACCAAUGACCAGGACCUUCCUCGCAUUUACGUUCAUUUCCAAUGCGGCGAUCCAGAUAUUGACGCAUGCAACAAGGCCAAGGCCUUGUUUUCCAAAGCCGGCGAUAUCAUCUCCAGUGUCCUCAAACUGGAAACCGCCAUUCACGUCAAUGCCACUUAUUUACCAUUCUGCAAAACAUUCAAUGAAUGCGACACCGAUAAAGACGGACGAACGAUAGGUCAAGCAUUUCCUACAGUGUCGUAUUUAAUGACAGAUCCGACGGAUAAUGUGACAAGAAUGUACCCUCAAGCGAUACUCAAACAGUUUACCCACGUGCUGAGACCCAGUUGGACAACUUACGAUAUGAAUGCGCAAUUCAACAGUGAAGUGAACUGGUACUUUCAGGAAGAGGGAGUGAAGAUGAAGUCCGAUCAGACCGAUUUUCUACGAACGGUAAUUCAUGAGUACAUUCACGGUCUUGGCUUUAUUACGGGUUGGACGGACCGACUAUAUCACCGAUUUCGUCCCUAUGCCGAUCCAUUGACCGCGUUCCUGACCCCAAUGAUGCUGUCCCCUCCCAAUCAGACCCCGCAAAUACGAAAAAGCUUCCUAUCCGAUGACGGGCUCCAACCGUUUUGGGGCUUUGUCGAGUUUCCACUGGACAAAUUUAUCCAUCACAAUAAGACCAAGCUUUCCACCAUGACCCAGAUCCUCAACAAGCUAGGCAAUAGCAAUGUAUUGUACAAGAGCCUUUUGGAUAUGAUCAACGACUGGUGCGAUUCCAAUAUCAAGGAUUAUGCCGAAUUUAUUUACAAACGCGCCACCUCUUCACGCAACUUGGCCGUGGUGGUGGGGAAUCACACCACCCUCUGGCUCGAAACCAACUUGACUCCGUUUCUCAGUGGUUCCAGUAUGUCGCAUGUCGAUUAUGAUCUGUACAACGACACGGAGGAUUACUUGAUGGUAUACAAGGCCGAUCCGGGCGUCGACCUUGAUAUGCUGUCGCAAAAGUUCCCUUUGGGUCCCUUGGGUCCCAAUCUCGUCCGUACGCUAGCUGGUCUAGGGUAUGCUAUUCAACCCACUUUUUCCAUCAAAGCCGAACCCGUUCGGCCCGAUCUUCAAUACUGGCAACCCUCGGCCAGUUUGGUGGGCACCGAUAAAAAUCCUUCGCCUGCUGUCAGCACCGUGCACGGUCCUGCCCAUAUACCCCAACCUACCCACUCCAUUUCUCCUUCCUCGUCCUCUGCACAUUCAUCUGUCCGUUGUCGCUCUUCUCUUUACAUCAUUACUAUCGUAUUGACAUUAUCAUUGCUCACUUCACUUAACUAAUUCAAUUUCAUGUCCGCUUGUAACAUAGCAUUUUGUAAAUUAUUUUUCAUUUUUUUUAAGACUUGUCAUUUAUAAAAUGCACUUGUAAACGCC